AGAAAUACAGCCUCCGCCAACAUGAAGGCACCCGGGGCAGCUUUUGCCUUUGAUAUAAAUGAAUAAGGCUUGUUAUUUCUACACUUAUCGAAUCCACUAACUGGACAAAAGUAAAUGCGACACCGAAUCAAUAUCUUGGUCCUGCAGAAUGUCCAAGAUCAGGCGGAAAGUAACAGUGGAGAAUUCAAAAACCAUAUCUGACAGUAGCAGCAGCACCACGACCAGCAGCACCAGUAACCCCGCCGCCCCCUCCCGCAGGCCCAGCGUGUUCGAAAGACUUGGCCCCAGCACUGGGAGUAAUGCUGCUGAUAGUCACUGUAGAAAUUGGCUGAAAACUGGUAAUUGCAGCUACGGCAACACUUGUCGCUACACACAUGGAACUCAGCCACGAGGCAAAGGAUUUAGUUUUAGUCUGUCAACAGAGAGACCCACAGGUGAUCUGCGGGAGAGGAUGAAAAAUAAGAGACAGGAUGUUGACACAGAAAACUUGAAGCGAGAUCUAGACGAGCCAACACCCCCCACAGCAAGACAGAGAGACUCCUCCAGAGGCCGCCACCGGGAGAAGGAGGAUAUAAAAAUCACAAAAGAGCGAACCCCGGCCAGUGAAGAAGAGCCCACAGAGUGGGAGACCAAUCGUGAAGAUUCAGAUAUCGGUGACUACGACUACGAGUUAUCUUUAGAGAUGAAACGCCAAAAGAUUCAGCGUGAGUUAAUGAAGCUAGAGCAGGAGAACUUGGAUAAAAGAGAAGAGAUUGUCAUUAAGAAAGACGAGGCGCUGACUAAAACAAGAGCUGCUGCUAUGCCAAAAGCCUCCCCCGAGCCCCUAAGCUCUAAAGAUUCACCUUCAUCCAGGAAGUCCAGUGGUUCCCCAAAACACAAAAGUGGAGCUAAAGGUCUAGGUUCUGGGAAGAAAGAGAAGAAGACGUCUGUCUCUUCACCUGUCUUAGAGACUGCCAGGUCUUCCAAAGGCAGCCACAGCAAGAAAAAAGGGCCCCGCACUCCAAGCCCUCCUCCCCCAGUUCCUCUGGACCUUCCUGUGAUGGGGAAGAAACACAAAGGCAAGCACAAAAACAAGGAGAAGUCUGAAGAAAAACAGAAGGAAGGAAAGGAUCGGGGACGAGAUGCAGAAAAACAUAAGGAGAAGAAGGAGAAACGCAGGGACAGAUCAGACAGUUCCCAUAAGGCCAAGCGAGCUGUGACAUCAGAAGAGCGCUCUGGUAGUGUUUCGUCUCCAUCCAGGGGCAUGUCGCCCACAUCCAGGAAGAAAUCCACCUCUCCUAAAGCCAUGUCCCAUAAGACCUCAGUACUGGCUUCUCCUCCUCGCAGGUCUCCCUCCCCGCCACACCACCAACGUACACCUACUCCCCCUCGCCACCACUCCCCAUCCUCCCACUCAGGUUCCUCUGCCCAGCGACACUCACCUUCCCCUCGUCGCCGUCGCUCAUCCUCUCCGUCCUACCACCGCAGUAACACAGCCCCAGCAUCAGGCUCCUCGCCUCCCAGCUCCAGACGCUCUAGGUCACCUGUUGCCUCACAUGAUGCCUCCCCCCACCGCCGAUCAGACAGAUCAAGCCCCAGCCGACAUCACUCCAGAGGACGGGAGAGGAGCCGCAGUGAUAGAGAUAGGAGUCCACCUGCCCAGGAGCGCAGACAUGAACGCAGAGACGAGAGCCGCAACAAACGAGACAAGGACCGGGAUGAUCGGCACUAUGACUCUGAACAAGUGUCAUCUCGGGACUCUCGUGAUGACAGGGACACCAGAGAUACCCGUGAGCGGCGGGAUGUUUGUGAUCGAGGAAGGGAGACAACCCGAGAGUCUCGGGAGAGCAGGGACCUAAAGGACUCCAGGGAAAGCAGGACAGAUACACGCUGCAGUCGAGAGUCACUGGAGCGUCGCGACCGUGAACAGGAUAGAGAACGGGACCGGGAGAGAGAAAGGGAGCGUACUGAGGGUCAUCGGAAGGAGGAGCUGGUCCAGGAGGACAGGGGUUACGGGAGAGCUCACGGUCGUGAUGAUGGGGGCAGAGCUGAAGGAAGGAUGGAGAAUAGAACGGAACGGAAUGGACGAGGGAGAGGACGCAAUAAUGAAACAUCUGAUAAAGGCUCAAACAGAAACUCCCGAGGUUCUCAGCUGGAAAGCAACCAUGACAACUGGGAUUCACGAAGUAGUGCGGUUCGUGAGCGGAGCCCAGAGAGGAGCUCAGACCGCAACGCCAAUGAGAGGAGCUCCGAGAGGGGUACAGAAAGAGAUCGCUACGACGGGGACAGAAGAGGAGAGCAAGGCCGGGACUCGUCGUACGACAGGAGAGGCGGGCACAAUGAACGGGAUCGCAGAGACAAUCGAGAAAGAGAUGUACGAGCAGUUUCACCAAGCAGACACCAGGGACGAUUAGAGGAGUCUGAGAGGGACGAGAGGAGAGACGAUCGUAGAGACAGAGCAGACGAAAGACGGGACGACAGGGCCCGCGACCGGGAGCGAGAAAGAGACAGGGAGAGAGACAGGGAACGAGAGAGGGAAAAGGAGAAGGAGAGAGACAGAGAAAGGGAGCGUGAGAAAGAGGCAGAAAGGGAGCGAGCCAGAGAGCGGGAGAGGGAACGAGAGAGGGAGCGAGAGAGGGAGAGGGAGAGAGAGCGUGAGAGGGAGAGGGAGCGCGAGGAGCGGGAGAGGGAGCGGGAGGAGCGAGAGAGGGAGAGGAGGGAGAGGGAGAGAGAGCGGGAGCAGCGGGAGCGAGAGAGACAGCGCGAAUGGGAGGAGCGAGAGAGAGGACGCGAGGAGAGGCGUGAGAGGAGAGAGGAUGCCAGGGAUGACCGGUCUGUUCGAGACAACAGGGACGAUCGAAAGGCCAGUCGUAAGAGGCACAGGGACAACAGCCCCAGCCCUCGGUCCUCACCUAAGCGAGCAGUACGGGACCUGAGCCCAGCAGAAAGCGACGGUUACAACAGUGGAGAAGACAAAAAUGGAGAGAAGCAUCGUCUUCUAAGCCAGGUGGUACGACCCCAAGAGCCUUUGCUACGUUCCCCACCGAGGGCUGCUUCAACUGAUGACAAGGCUGGUCACUGGAAAGAUGAGGAGCGUAGAGGAGGAGGGGACAAAAGGGAUGUACGCAGCCGUCAUGAGGACCUAGAACUGCGUGGAGAUCGCAGCAGAGGAGGUGACAGACGAGGAGAGCACCUUUCAGACGCCCCUUCAGAGUCACGCAGCAGAGUCAGAGACCAACGAGAAUCUACGCCGCCUCCUCCUUUAGUUCUGUCCAUCACCACUGAUGACAGAGACAUCCCUGUCUCCCAGUCCCAUGAGGAGGGCAAAAAGAAGACAAAGUCCCAGAAGAAGGGCCUGAAGAAGGGUCGCAAAGAAGAGGACCUUGGUGUUGGCAAGAACCUGGCUGCUGCAGGAGACCGUUUCAACCCUGAACCACCAGCAAGUGGUCCUACAGAUGGUCCUCCGCCUUUACACUCCCCACGGAAGGGAGCCAAGAAAAAGGCUCUUGACCGAAAGAGGAAGCGAGGCGGUGAAUCAGAUGUGUCUGAGGAGGAGUCAACAGCCCAUCAGCCACACAGUAAGAGAAAGAGAGGGCCCCGGACACCCCCACCCUCAAUGAGGCCUGAUCACCGCUGUACUGCUGGCAACACAGAGCCCUCUCCACUGCCCAAAAUGGACAACUUCAGUGACUGGUCAGAUGAGGAGGUUACAGACAGAGGAGGGUUAGAAACAUCAGCUCCCCUAGCCCUCACUGACAGGACUACUGAACCUCUGAGGAGAGGUGGGGGCUCCAGAGUCGGCAGAGACAGGGACAGGUGCAAUCCCCCACCAAUCGCUCCUCUACUCCCCCAGGAUCCUCCGAUGCUUCUUCAGACUCUCACUCCUCAGCCCCUCAUGUCCCAGCCUCUGCUGCGCAAACCUCCCCCAGAGCAGGUUCGCAGCAGCAGCAUGGGGAGCAACCAGAGCCGCGCAUCGUCCAGACGCCUGCGGUCACCCUCCAAUGAGUCAGCCCACCGAGAGGACCUACAGGGACCGCGAUCACGCCGAGGACGGCUGCAGGGAACCAACUCACGUGACCGAGAAAGGGAGCGGGAGAGAGAGAGGCCAGUGGUUACUGACCCACCAGGGGCAGAGAGGAAGUCUCGUAUUGACCAGCUGAGGAGGGGAGAGCCCAGUCGCAGCACCUCAUCAGACCGGCAGGAUUCCCGCAGCCACAGCUCCAGACGUAGCUCUCCUGACUCAGAGAGGCAGGCUCGUUCCCGGUCCCGUGCUGGCUCCUAUGACAGUCGAGAGCGGGAGAGAGACAGGGAGCCAUUUGAGCGCGAACGGCAACAACAGCAGCCGCAGCAGCAGCCGCCGCUUCUCCUCCAGCAGCCCCUACAACAGCAGAGAGACUGGGAACCUGAGCCCAGGGACUGGCCCAGCCGGGGACGUGAACCCCUGUUAAUGCGACCCGGCCGGGAACCUCUCCUAAGGGAGCGGGACAUGAGGGACAGGGAACGCUUGCUGCCUGAAGGACUGAUCCAACAACAUGAACGGGAGAGGGAAAGAGAGCGAGAGAGGGAGCGUGACAGAGACGUCAGAGGUGAAAGAGGCGGCGAUCGUGAGAGGGACAGAAUGAUGAUGAUGGACCUAUCACCACAUGGGGACCUCAGGGCUUCAGGACGAGGGGACAUAAGGGGAGACCUGAGAGGGGACAUGAUGAGACAGGACAGGGGUGACUAUGAACCACUGCUCCCAAGAGAAGCUUUCAGUCCUCCAGAGCCUGAGAAACCAAGUAACAGUCACCAUCUGAUGGGAGAACCAAGAGAGCUGGAGAAGGCCGACAGCGUGGACGGAGAUGAUGAUGGGAAAGAAGAUGAUGGGCAGUCAGUGGCAUCUGUUGGAGAAGAGUAUGAACCAAUCAGUGAUGAUGAGCUGGAUGAAAUUCUGGCUGACAGUCAGAAAAAAGAGGAUCAGCAGAAUGAAGAGAAAAUUACGGGUCCUCUGGAUGUGAUUGAUGUAGACUGGUCCAGCCUGAUGCCCAAACAGAAGCAGGAGCCCAGGGCAGAGAGGGCAGCGCUGCUCCGGUUCACACCAGGGGCCGUGCUCCUCAGGGCAGGCAUCUCAAAACGACUUUGCGGACCUGAGCUCGUGGAACAGGUCAGGGAGGUGUGCAAGUCUGAGCUGGACAACCCCAAAGAUGCUGACAAACUGUUUGAGCAUGACUUAGGGGCCCUGAAUAUGGCGGCCCUGAAGAGGCGGACAGAGAGAGCAGGUCUACUGACUAACCUGGGUCCCUGCUGCAAGGCCUUGUGUGCUCGUAGGGACUUCGCCAUCCGCCGGCAGCUGUUAAAAAACGACAAGGGUCUAACCAAGCAGUACCCUGCAACACCUGUGGUAGACAAUGAGCUGAUUCAAAUGAGCAUGCGUCUCUUCAGGAGGACUAUGGCUGGCCAGGCUUCAGGCCCAGAAAGGUCCGAUGUUGUGUCAGCGGCGGCAGCAGCACCAGCAGCUGAGGUUGCUGCAGCUGGUACUAGUAAGCUCAGUGCAGCACAGCCUGAAGUGUGUGUGUCCUGAAAGUAAAGUUCAUACACCCAAAAGCUUGUAAGCCUUUACUUCCCCUCAAAUCUGUCCCCUUUUCCUAACAUCCACAGCCUUUUAGACAUCAAGAAAUAAAGUAAAAUUGUUAAUCUUUCUCAGCUAUUCUUAACAUGUUUUGGUUGGUUGAUCUGCAACUAUUGUGCCAUAGACUAUUGGACAUUUUAGCCUAUGGAAGUGUGUUUUGAAUGAUGUGCAGACAUGAAACACAUCUAAAAUUAUUCAUUUUGUGUGUUCAUUAUAAUGUUUUAGAUGAGCUUUUUAAUUGUAUGUUUCAUUCGCCUAACCAGGUCUAAAUGACUGUUUUGUUUUCAUAUUUUGUGCAUUGAUUACUAAGCUGUGCAUUAAAAUUGUUAGAUGGUAAUUUCUGUUAUGGGUCUUUUGCUUUGUAUGAAGUGGCUGCUCAGCCUCUAGAUAAUGACAUGUAAAGUUACUUCUGAUGGUGUUUACGUCCAAUAUACAGCAUUUGCCACAGAGAAGUUACUGACCAACAACACUGAAACAUCCUGCAGGGACUUGAAUGAAUGUUUCUUAUGAAUAAGCACUGCCAAACUAUUCCGUCACUGAAUGUAACUUGUUACAGAUGUCCUGUUGGAACACUGCUUUUUUUUUGCUUGAUGUAUUUCUUUUGAAUGGUUUGGCAAUGUCUACCUGAAGUGAUAUAGGUGCAGAGCACCCAAUCUCCAACACUGCCAUGUGGAAUCCUUCCUCUUUACUCAUAUCAGCCCACAUAGGAAAAGACAAACUGCUUAGAUAGGCAUGGCUGAAAAAAAGUAACAAUUUGAACUUUAUACAUCCAGAAUCACAGUUAAAAGACUUGCACAGCUGGAUUAACUGAACAUUUGGUUGCAUCACAGCUCAACAAGUGACUUCAUAAGAGCAGGUUAUGCAUGCUUUGAGUGCUGGAACACAAAUACAAAUGGACAAACCAGCUUCACCACUGAGCUGAGCAAACAUGAGAAUGGGAAAAGUCUGAGUCCUGGAUGUGACGUGAAGCCUGCAGUUGACCACACAGCUGGAAAGCACUUUCCCUACUUUGUGCUUCUUUUGUGAAUUUUGCAAUGUACCAAACGUAUCUGGUUUAAUGCCAUAUUUUUUUACUGUAAAAUAAAUGUAGAAUUACA